GGCAGAGUUGGAGACAUGGAGGGCAUUGCUCCCCUUCCCAAAAAAAUAAUAAACUGUAGCACAAGAGCAUGGCAGCCCUGGGGGCAGCUCCCCUCCUCCCCCACAUCUCUUCUCCCUGGCCAGGUCGGAGGCAGGAAGCUGGAGCCCUCGCUGGUGCCAUGGAGCAGGCAGCGGCAGCGUUCCCUCCUCUCCUGCUGGUGCCCCAGGUUGAAGCUGCUUCUCAGCUCCCAGCCCUGUUUGCUCCCAAAGAAGCAGCCGGAACAGCUGGUCGUGGUAGAAUUAUCAGGAAUUAUUGAUUCAGACUUCCUAGAAAAAUGUGAAAACAAAUGCAAGAUUUUGGGAAUAGACACAGAGAGGCCCAUUUUGCAAGUGGACAGAUAUGUCUUUGCUGGGGAGUAUGAAGAUACCCUUGGAACCUGUGUAGUGUUUGAAGAAAAUGCAGAACAAGUGGACGCAGAAGGAAACCAAAAGCUACAGCUGAAAUACAAGUGCCACACAAUGAAGAAGCUGAACAUGACACGGACGCUUCUGACUGAAAAGAAGGAAGGAGAAGAGAGCGUAGGUGGUGUGGAGUGGUUACAGAUUAAAGACAAAGAUUUCUCAUACAGCAGACCUAAUAUGAUUUGUAGUUUUCUGCACCAAAAGGAAGAUUCUGAGGAGGCAGCUCAGGCCCAGGACAAACUGGCAGACAAGUUGGAGGGAGAGGUCAGUGACAAAGGGAACUCUGGCCUAACUUACGAACUGGAGAAGCAGCAUAGCAUGGAAAUGGAUGACUCUAUCCCUCUCCUUGAUAGCCCUGCCUCUGAAGCAGAAAACUCUCCUUCAGGAAGUGCUCAAGACAAUACCUUAGAUGAUGCUCCUAGGUGAUGAUGUCAAAUCUGCAGCGUCUAGAAGUGAGGAUGAAUGGAGUUAGUUAAUAUUAUGAACCAAACUUUUAAAGUCACUUCAACCUGACCUCCACUUUAUGGGAGUAAUUAAUAGUGAGUGCAAAACUGCACCCACAAAUUUGGAAGCCAUUUUUGGGUCUUGAAUGUGAUGAUUUUAGUAUCUGUCUCUGUGUUAAAUAUACAUGCAUUUCCAGCUAGCAUCUUUACCUCUGAGUUGAAGAACAGGAACAAAUGACUAAAUGAGAAGGAGACACCAUAGAAAAACUCUGAUGCACUGCACAGCCAUGAAUAUCAAUAAAAGUAAAUCUUCUCUUUGUAAGAUAUCUGUUGCAAAAUAAAGCCUUGACAUUUUCAGUUAUUA